ACUCUGUGUCAAACCUGGAGACUAAACGUUUUCCUGCCCAAUUGCACUAAAACAUUUGUGAGAAACCCCUUUUUCCUAUAUGUAGCCAUUUGAAUUUUUAUGAAGUUACCUGAGAGUCAAAUAUAGGGGUGGGGUAUGAUAAUAAUGCUUGAAAAAUUAUUAUAUAAAUUUUUUUUGAUUCAGUCUUUUGACCUUUGGAUGAGAAUUCUUUUAUUUGUUUUUCGUGUUGCACUAUGGUUCUUAUAAAGGUCAUAACAGUCAAAUAUUGUGUUUUCGCUGCUCUCGUUUUUUUGUUUUUUGUUUUGCAGUAAACACGAAACACAUUCUGACCUCAUGCGUCUCUUCUUCCAAUCUCUUUUGGAGUGGUCUUCAAUACCGCCGCAAGAUGGUGGCAGGUAUUUCGUGAAUGCCGUAAAACAACAUCGAAGAACAAAAAGGCGGAAGUUGACGAGGCCUCGACGAUGACAGAAAAAAAAACUGCUAGUUCGUUUACUUUUAUCCGCUAAAAGACAAAAUUGCAAAAAAAAGGGUGACUAGUGGCGGGUUUAAAGAAGUAUGGCGUCAUACAAGGAGCAAUUUUUGCGAAGAGAAGAGAACGAACGACAACAGCAGGACGCCAUUUUCUUGUCUCCCACGGUAUUCAACAUUCAAGAUGUCCAGCAGCUAAUUAUAGGUUGUUCCAGUUCUGAGAAGGAGCAGCACCUUCUUGUUAAAGAGGAAGAGGAGGGUCCACAGCAACCCUACAUCAAAGAGGAAGAGGAGGAGGCUGACGUCAGCAAGUUGCCAAUGACUGUCGUUGUCGUCGUGAAGAGUGAAAAUGACGAAGACGAAGCACCCGAGUUGCCACAGCUUCAUCGUCACAGUCCAAGUGGAGACCACCGCAGAGGACAUCACAACCGCUCGGCUCUUCUCUCACAGAGCAAUGACACGGAUGAUAUGAGCGAUAUAGACUGUGAAGGUGACUUGAAAUGCUCUGAAAAGAAAACAAGUUUGAACAACGAGAACAUUUCUCAAACACGCAGGAGACGUCGCACACGGAAAGAACAUUUUAGCUGCUCAGUUUGUGGUAAAAUGUUUCCUUAUGAGAGUAGUUUGAUUGAACACAUGCAAACUCACACAGGAGAAAAACCCUUUCGCUGCUCAGUUUGUGGUCAAAGUUUUUCUCGAAAAGGUAAUAUGAACGUACACAUGAGAAGUCACACUGGAGAAAAACCUUUCAGUUGCUCAAUUUGUGGUGAUGAGUUUGCUCAGAAGGCCUCUUUGGUGGCACACACAGCGACACACACGGGAGAAAAACCUUUCACUUGCUCCGUUUGUGGGAAAAGCCUUUCUUAUAAGCAUGGUUUGAAAUCACACAUGCUGACGCACAUGGAAGAAAAACCUUUUAGUUGCUCAGUUUGUGGUGACAGUUUUUCUUACAAGCAGAGUUUGAAUUUACACAUGAGACGACACACAGGAGAAAACACUUUCACUUGCUCAGUUUGUGAUAAAUGUUUUUAUGAUGAGCACGGUUUAAAAGUACACACGCAGACACACACAGGAGAAAAAGCCUUUGUCUGUUCCAUUUGUGGUGAGAGUUUUUCUCGAAAAGGAAAUAUGAAUGUACAUAUGAGAAGACACACUGGAGAAAAACCUUUCAGUUGCUCAAUUUGCGGUGAUAAAUUUGCUCAGAAGGUCUCCUUAGUUGCACACACAGCAACGCACACGGGAGACAAACCAUUCACUUGCUCAGUUUGUGGUAAAAGCUUUUCUUAUAAGCACGGUUUGAAAUCACACAUGCAGACACACACGGGAGAAAAACCAUUUAGUUGCUCAGUUUGUGGUGACAGUUUUUCUUAUAAGCACAGUUUGAAUAUACAUAUGAGAAGACACACGGGAGAAAAACCUUUCACAUGCUCAGUCUGUAAAAAAAGCUUUUCGCAUAAGCACGGUUUGACAGCACACAUGUGGACGCACACAGGAGAAAAACCUUUUAGUUGCUCAGUAUGUGGCAAAAGCUUUUAUAAUAAGUAUGACUUGAAUCUACACACAAGAACACACACUGAAGAAAAACCUUUUAGUUGCUCGGUUUGUAGUAAAAGAUUCGCUGUCAAGCAAAACAUGAUUCGACACACGAAAAGACACUCGGGAGAAAAAGCUUUUACUUGCUCACUUUGUGAUAAAAGCUUUUCGAGCAAGUCUGAUUUGAAUAGACAUGUGAACACACACAACAGAAAACCCUUAUAGUUGCUCAAUGAGGUGUUUUUGUCUCGACAAUUGGAGGUGGAAACCUAAACAUCUGUCCUUCAAAAUGUUUGGCGGGGUGCGUAGGCUUGGUGACACUGUGACAGCCACAAUAAACUGUCUCGUAAACUCUGCAAAACUUCAACUUGUUAGGUUUCGGAGUAUACGGAAUCCAUGCUUUGUGCUCUUCUGGUUUUUCGGGGGCGGAGGUGCGGCCCCCUUUCAAGUAGUUCUGUGUUUGUUCUUGUUCCCUCUCGCUAUCGAUAAAAUGAAUGUUUAAAUCAGAUGCUUUAUUUCCUCAUUUCACAUGCACGGACAAACAGGAAUUUACAAAACACCCCAUGAUGUUGUUGUUUGUCAUAUGUAGCCCUUUUUCAAAGAAAACAUGAACAUAAUUGACUAUUUUAAGAAUAAGACUUAUGAUCUGUUCCAGUAUUUUAUAAAUGAAGUUUUCUAUGAGAAGAAUAUGCUUGCCCAGAACUUCAUGAUAUUCCAGAGUCUUUUUUGUCAUAUGCACAGCAAAAACAGUGGUUACAUAAAACAAUGACACCCCUGCUUGGUCAGUUUCCGACACACGGUUUUGAAUAUAUAUUUUUUAAAGUCAAGAAAGGUCAGAUGACGUUGUUUACAUGCAUUCUCAAAAUGAAAUACAAGACUUUUCCGUUA